CUCUUGACGAGACUUUCAAUACUACAAACACAAUCGCCAAUUUAAUACCCGAGUCGCCUUUCGAAAGGGAAAAAAACCCCAACCACAGUUAUUCAAUAUGUACUUUUCAACAACAGCUAUCGUUUCGGCCAUCUUUGGUCUCGCCGCCGCUCAAGGAGGGAUGAUGCUCAGAAUGCACGUUGUCCAGGUCGGCGGACCCAAUGGCUCUUUGGCCUUUUACCCAAACAAUGUCGCGGCUCAGCCAGGCGACAUGGUUCAAUUCCAGUUCCACCCAAAGAACCAUUCCGUCGUCCAAUCCACCUUCGAUAAUCCUUGCAUACCCAUCCAAAACGUCAUGCCUAACAAGACCGACGCUUUCUUCUCUGGUUUCAUGCCUACCAAUGCUUCCUUCGCUGCAACAAACCAGGUCCUGACUUACACUAUUCGCGUUACCGACGCGAAGCCCAUCUGGUUCUACUGUUCUCAGGCCAAGCAUUGCCAGAGUGGUAUGGUUGGAGCCAUCAACGCGCCCACAAGCGGUAACAAGACCAUACAAGCAUUCACUGCCCUUGCUGCCCAAGCCUCGGAGAACCUGUCUCCUGGCGAGCCUGCUGGAUCCGGUGGCAUGACUGGCACUACACCCACCUCACCAUCUGCUGGAAACGGCGCCGACUCUGGCAAUGGACAAGGAGGUGCUGCUGCUGGCGGAAACGGAACUGGUGCCGGUGCUGGUGCUGGUGCCGGUGCUGGUGCUAGUGCUAGUGCCGGAAGCGGAACCGGUGCCUCACCUCCCCAGACUACCACCAGCAACGCCUCUGGCUUUAGCGCACAAUCCUUCAUCAGUGUUGCUGUUGCUUUUGUUGCAGUUGCCUUUGCUUCAUUGUAAACAGAGUAGAAGUCUUGCAGGCGGGUUUUAAGAUAGUUGGCGGCACAUAUGAUACCAUUCUUCUGAUAACUGAGCUGGCUUUGGUAAAAGGACUCAGAUUUGGGGAGGCGUUUUUCUUUGUUCGAUUGAUCGAACGCAUAUAGCAAUUAAUAUAAGACGAAUGUACUAUGUUUAGUACUCUAUCAAACUU